ACCUCUCCCUGCGGACUAAAUCUAAAUUUAGUUUACAAGGGGUAGGUAUUUCGUUUGUACCAACACUUCAUUCAUUUGUGCCGCAAUGUUUGAAAGCUUUCGAUGAUGGGUGUUGAGUGACCAGACGGAAGUUCGCGGGGCCGAAUCGAACUGUCUGAAAGUUUUAUACAUAGGACAAAGAAUCGCACCACAAAGUUCAGGUAAAACUAGCCUGAGUCUGUUAAUGAUAUUACAGCUGUAUUUUAAGCCAUUAGAUGGAAAACAAUUAACACUAUAAAAGGAUUAUUAACUAACGAUAACUUUGAUAAGUUUCUAUUUGCGUCUGGCGAAGGAUCUACAGUGAAGUAAAUUACGAAAGCAGCAGAGUGUAGACGUAAUAUUUGUCCAAUAUUCUUAGCCUUGACCUUACGAAAACAAUUUCUUAUUUUAGGUACUUUGCUUUUACGACAUGAAAUUGUCAGUCCCAACAUAACUUAUGGAUGUUCAAACUGGUCACUGUGAGUGGAUCGCUCCGUCUAAUACAAAUACGUCUACUGAGGAACUUAUUAGCUCCAUCGCUGGCCUAAGUUUCGAAGAAACUCGCUUACUUUGGGGAAAUAGUGGCUAUACAACUGUAUCUACUCAAGAUGUCCUGUCGAACCGUCCACUUCCAUUUAGCGCAACACCGUGGGAUAUGUCUUCAAAUGCGACUUCACAUUCCAUACCCAUGGGUCGGGGUCGUCGUGAUAAGCCCGUCACAUCCACAGAUUCUAAUGUAAAUGAAGGCAGCAUCCUGAUGUCACCAGGAUCCAAAGAUAUGGUGACUCUAGGUAUGCAAAUGGCAGAUCACGUUUUAAGUAACUCUCCAGGAAGUGGAGCUCAGUUUUUACGAGAUCUCUCCGAGAAUUUGUCAAGCGCAUUUCCACACAGACCAACAUCUAAUUCACUCAAUGGAUCUCAGUCUGUAACAUUAAACUCUUUCCAGUUUGAUUCAAGUGGAAGACCAAUAUUUCCUAGUGAAUCAGAUCAAAAUCAGUCAAUUUCUGCAGCUAAUGGAUUAAUUUCGAAUUGCUUUAGUCCGGCUCAAUAUUAUUUACGUCCUCCGUCAGCUGCGACACAGCCACUACAACCUCAAGUGCCGUAUUCAAUCAUACCCAACAGGUCCUCAGAGUAUAUACACGGAAACAACUUUACUUCUGACGCCACUGGUUGCGAACCUUGUAAUCCUGUUCAGCCUGAAAGUUUACUACCUUAUUUUAUUAAUGUUCCAACAAAUAGCGACCCUUCAGCAUCCAAUAUGCCUGCUGACUCUUCUUUUAACAUUUUCACUGGCUCUCAUUUACAUCGAGACCAGCGUUCUGCAAAUCAGUCUGACAGCACAGCACAGUUGGUUUCUGUAAUUCCACAGCCAGAUCAGUUCAGUGGUUUACAAUCUAUGAAGUAUAAUUCCACAGCCACUAAUGGGGAAAAUAAAAGUCAACCAUUUACUGCUUUCCCUGGGGUUGCAUUUUCUGGUGUGAACCAAAUGAACACGUGCUUAGAUUUUAAUAAUAGUGAUUUUUCAAAUAACACCUCGUUUAUCAGUCAGGCUUCUUUACCUUGUAGCGAAGGUUACUUACCAACUGUUAUUCGUUCUAAUGGGCCGAGUUCGCAGGAUGUAAACAACUUUGGAGGUUGCACAACAUAUCCGUCUGUGAAUCCAGACUUUUAUAUGAAUGGAUCAUCCUAUAAUAAUAAUAAUCUUGGAGGUAAUCGGACGGCAGAACAUGCUCCAUCUGAUCAGUCUACUAAUGGAUUAGUUGCAAAUUCACCUUUUGGUCCUGUUCCAUAUGGCUCGCAAAAAUUCCAGCAAAACAUGUACCCUCGGGGGUUAUCUCCAGCUCCAGGAGAUCAACCAAGUAUGCAACCAACUAAUGGGCCAAAUGGGAAUAGUUGUUCAAUGCAUCCCACAGAUACAAUAAAUAAUCAAGGCCAUAUGGUUAAUACAUACGUUGGACCACAGUUUUUUGGAGCAUCCAUUAGUGGACAACCUCAGAGUGCUAACAGUUUCCAAACUUUACCUGCUAGUGGUCUAUACCAAUCUCUUAUGCAGCCAAAAGAUUCUCCUGUACAUAUUCAAAAUCAAAGUAUUCAAUCUACUGUAAGCGACCCUCAACAACAGUCUGCAGCUUUAUUCGCUCAUACUUUUCAGUUGUUAGCGGCUGCUGCAGCUUCCAGAAAUAUGGGUUCUGGAGCUCAAGACCUUCAUAUGCCUCCUGGCAUUGGGCCAAGUAAUAAUGGAUCGAUAUUAAAUCCAACUGAGUUUGAAUAUAUGAGACCUCCAGGUGUGCCCGUAGAAGUCCCAUUCACUGGACCCCUACAUCCCGAUCAUUUGCAGGCAUAUGCAAACAACUCUUGUAUUCCUGUCAAUGCUACGGGAAUGGAAGGUUCCGCACCUCGUCAUCCUCCUAUUUCUCAUAAUAUGUUGGAUUUCAAAUCUAUGUGUUCAUCAAUGCCUGCUCUUUGUUCACAGGUUUCAUCGUCCGUCGUUCCAUCCAUCCAUUCUCAAAAUGCGUACCCGCCAACUGAUAUGAUCACUCAGGAUUUCCAGCAUGGUGGUUUGGGCUAUACAGGAUUAUCAUCCUUAAACCCAAUGACUGAUCGUAUGUUUCAAUCCUCCAGUAGUUUUCCGAGACCUCUGCCACCAAUGUCUUCCAGUCGUAUACCUUAUAUCCCUGUGAACACAACAGACAGUCAGUCACCACCCCAAACUCCAACAGCUAUGGGUGCUCCAAGAAUUAGCGUACCAUCCGUGUUAUCAAGACCUCAAAUACCCACUUCAAAUAUGUAUGGUAGCCGCAGUACUGCACCACCUCCUUUCUCUUCCAUACAUGCUCCUCGUUUUCCUCCUCGCGGUCCAACUAGUUUUCCACAACUUAAUUUGCCAUUCAUGCCUCCGCCAAUUCCUCCUUAUCCUCAUGCACGUCAUUUGCAGCAGCCUCCACCUGUUCUUCCACCUCCAGGAUUUCUACCGGCAGCACGUCCUCCUCGUCCUGGAACUAGUACUUCAUCUUCUGGCCUACACACAAAUAAUACUGCAUCUUCAGGAAACAGAUCAGGUCAUACGAACACUAGUAGUAGAUUUCCUAAAGACCAGCACCAUUCUACAUCAUCACAACCUAAUGCUCCUGUUCCUAUGAUGACACUUGCAUUUGCUGCGUCACAGCAGCAGGGCUCUGGAGUUACUCCUGGUUUUGGAAUAAGGCAUCCACCCUCAAAUCAUAACUCUCAUUUUCAACCUCCUUACUUUAAUUUUCCUACGGAUUCAAGUGCAACUGCUAAUUUCCAACAGAAUCCGUCUUAUCUUAAUCCUUCAAAUCCUCCACCAUUGCCUAUUAAUAGCAUGUUACCGACAGGAGCAACAAAUGGUGCUACUCCAGAACGGAGUCGUUUGUUAGAAGAAUUUCGCAAUUCACGAUUACCUUGUUUAACACUGCGUGAUUUAAUGAACCAUAUAGUUGAAUUUGCUCAAGAUCAGUAUGGUUCACGUUUUAUUCAACAGAAGUUAGAACAGGCUAGUGCUGUUGAUAAAACUAGUGUAUUCCGUGAAAUUCUUCCGCAUGCAUACAGUCUUAUGGUUGAUGUAUUUGGUAAUUAUGUGAUACAAAAGUUUUUUGAAUUGGGAACACCAGAACAGAAACAAAUACUAGGUCAAAGAAUUCGUGGACAAGUACUCUCCUUAUCCCUUCAAAUGUAUGGUUGUCGGGUGAUACAAAAAGCUGUUGAAUCUGUUCCAUUAGACAUGCAAAUAUCUAUUAUUAAGGAAUUGGAUGGUUGCGUAAUUAAGUGUGUUAAAGAUCAGAAUGGUAAUCAUGUUGUACAGAAAUGCGUGGAAAAUGUUCCCCCAGAACAUUUACAAUUUAUAGUGGAUGCUUUCAAAGAUCAUGUGUAUUCCAUAUCAACCCAUUCAUAUGGAUGUCGUGUGAUCCAGCGCAUCUUAGAACAUUGUACACCUGAACAAACUACUCCAAUACUGUCUGAGUUACAUCAACACACUGAAGCGCUUGUUAAAGAUCAAUACGGAAAUUAUGUUAUUCAGCAUGUACUCGAACAUGGGAAAACUGAAGAUAAAAGUAAAAUUGUUGAACAUAUUAAAGGUCGUGUAGCUGAGCUUAGUGUGCAUAAAUUUGCCAGUAAUGUAGUUGAAAAAGCUGUUGCAAACGCUUCAAGAGUAGAACGUCAAUCGCUUAUCAAUGAAGUACUUGAAGAAACAACUAUUCCAACAGAUAAUACAACUGUACAAAAUGGUCGAGUUCGUUCAAGUGAAUUUAGGGUAGAUAAUAAUAAUGAUGAUGAUGGUGGUGAAAAUGGUGAUGAUGAUGACAGUGCCAGCGAUGAAGAUGAAAGUGUUGAUGAACCAAGAACCCGAAGUUCUGUUUUAGUUAUGAUGAUGAAAGACCAAUUCGCAAAUUAUGUUAUCCAAAAAAUGUUAGAUGUCGCUGAACAACCAAUAAGAAAAGAGCUUAUGACUCAGAUUCGUCCACAUUUGAAUACCUUGCGCAAAUACACUUAUGGUAAGCAUAUAAUCAAUAAAAUGGAGAAGUAUUAUAUGAAAACAAAUCAAUUACAUCUAGCUGUUGGUUUAAAUUCACCGUCUCCACCUCUUGGUGGUGUACCCGCCGCCUCUUCAUCAGAUGUCCCACAGUCGACAUCAAAUUCCACUGGUCGAAGUGGUGGGAAUACGCAUGGUGGUGGUGGUAGUUCAUCAGCUGCUUCAAUGCUCCCACCACUUCUCACACCAACUGAUAUGGCUGUACGAGCUUCAAAGCCAAUAUCAAUGAGUCGUUCUACACAUUCACAUCAUUAUCACACUUCGCAUUAUAAUAACCAAUCGGGUUUGUCAUCAUUUUCACGCAACGGUUUACCGUCAUCAUCAUCACAUCGUAUAAAACAAAAAGACUCAAAUAACAAUAAUAAUUCAAAUUCAGCGGCCUCCUCUCGAAAGACUUCAAAUGAUGGUGCACAAUUAAACUCCUCUAUGCAAACAUCGGAUAGUACUAAGAAUUCAUCGAAGGUAGUAUCAAAAGCAUCUGAAAAUACCAAUGAUGAAUUGGGAGUGGAUAGUGAAAAUGCUAAUAAUAAUGAUAGUAACAAAGGAGGAGUCAGUUUGAAUAAUUCUAAAGAUAAUCAUGAAAAACACAAUUCAGACAUGAAGUCAUUCGAUUUAAAUCAGACUUCAUCUUCAUCCACAGUCGCUGAUGAUUGUUACAGUCAAAAAUGGGAGAAUACUAAUGAUGCUGCAGAACACAGUGUUGUAUCAAAUCACGACACUAGUGACCAAUUACUGCAUGAAUCAGCCAGUGAACAGUUGUCGAGUAUAUCAUCAAAUGAAGUACAUGUUUCAGCCUUGAAGAAACUCAACACUACAACAACAUCGUCAGUUACUAGUAGUAGUACUCCUACGACAUCUAGCCUAAAAAGUGGUGAAGGAAAUAGUGUAAAGUCAAGGCCACCUACAAAUGAACUAAUGACCAACGGGAAUGGUAAUCAUCAUUAAUCUGUUCUCUUUCUUUUUUUAAAAAGUUUCUCUCGCAUGUAUUCUCUCCUUUCCUCUAAAUUUCUCUCCUCUAUAUGUCUAGAAGUUUAUUUUUUGGCUUCGUAUAUCUUGUGCGCUUUAUUCUAUUAUCCAGCUUUUUAUUUAUUUAUUUUGUUUUGUUUUUCGUGCAAUUUUAUCAUCAUUUGGCAGUGGUGGGUCUUAACACCUUUUUAUUUAAAAACAAAAUUAAAAUUAUUUCUUAAAGGUUUUAUCCUCUCCCAUGCACACACACACACACAAAUAUUUUAUUGCUAGCACAUCAUUUUUUCCCUCUGAACUAAUCUUCAUUCUUCUCUUGGUGCUCAUGGCUCUGAGUAGUUUUUAUUUAUUAUUAUUAUUAUUAUUAUAAUUUUUAAUAUCGUUUAAUUAGUAUAGAAUACGAAGGAGUAACCUUUCCUCCCUCCUGUAUAAAGCGAAAUUCCCUUUCAUUGUGUAUUGUGUACAGCAGGAGACAUUGCUAACUAUUUAAGUAAUUGAUGAACUAACUUUUGUUUCACUCAUUCUUCUUUUACCAUUUUCUGUUUUGGUAAAUUCCUUUCUAUCCAACCUCUCUCUCGUAUUUUCCCCUUUUCUUUACUCCUAUCCGAAAAGCAAUUAUAACCUCUGCGUGUGUCUGUGUUUAUGUAUAUCUCAUCAUAGACUUUUCUUUUGACUGGUUUUUAUCCUUGCUUAACCCUAUGUACUAUUUGAUGAUUAUGCACAUAUACAUAUAUAUAUGAAUGAACAUUUAUAUUAUUUUAGCAUAUCAAAUAUCUUUUGUUUGUUUGAGUAUUUUUUUUUUAAAUCUUCAAUGAAGUAUUCUGUACCUUAUCAACAUCAUCGUCAUCAUGGUCACACCAAUCGGUUUUAUUUUAUUUAUUGCCUAAAAAACUGUAUAUUUUAUUUAUUUCUUUAUUCAUUUAUUCGACUCUUGAGCAUUCUCUUUUUUCUUUCUCUCUCCCUGUAAAAUUCGCCUACUCCUCUUCCCGUCAUUUGAUGGUGAUUCAUGCAUGGGAUUGUUUCUUCUCAUGUCUCUGUAUGCUUUGUAUGCUACCACGCAUCAUCGACCGACCGACCCACCCACCCACCUUUUUUCUCUGUCUGUAUCUCUCCAUCGGUAUGUAUCUGUGUCAACUGGCUUGGGCAUCAUCGCCACCAACACCACUCUCCUCAUCCACCUGUAAAUCUGUGUAUCUUUCAAGUACAAAUAAAAUAUGAUUCUUUUUCUACUGAUUUGCAAUAGCAGCAACAACAACACCACCAACCAAUAUUAAAUAAUGAUGAAUGAUUAACUGUCAUUUAAUCACUUCAAACUACAUAGUGUUUUGGGGUUCUUUUUGUGUAUACCUCCUCUGUCUAUAAAAAAAUAAUGUAUAUCUAUGUAGUAGCAUUAGUGGUAGUAGUGUAUGUGUGUAGAGGUGCAUGUCUGAUGCAUAUGAUCUUGUUGUGUGGGCCCAUUUCAUUUUAUCAUUAUCUAUCUAUCUCUUAGUUCUUUGUGAUUCACUUUUAAUUCAAUGAAAUUUUAAUGUCUAAUUCUUCUUCUAAAUCUUCUUCUUGUAUGUAAUUGUUGUAGAUUAUUUGUCGUAUAUAUUAAAUAUAUAUGAAUCUCUCUUUUAUUUAUUUUUAAUGAAUAAUUAUGCAUUAUACAUACACAUAAAUACGCAUAUUCUAUAAUUACACUUGUGUAUUAUAUAUACCUACACACAUACAUACAUGCAUAUAUUUGGUUUGAUUUUUUAAAUCUUUGUACACUGGAACCUUUUCUCAUGGUCUUCAUUAUUUUUCCUCCUUCCCCUUCCCCCAUAUAUAUAUACAGACGCACAUACACUCAUGCAUUCGUGCGUGGGAAUUGGAAACCUUGGUAGAAAAUCUAUCGCUUACCUGUUACUGUUACUGCUAUCACCACUACGAUUCCUUGUCUUUGUCUGUCUCUGUAACCUUUUUGAUAUUCUGUAGUGAACCGAAGUACCGUCCCCCCAGUUUCCACCUUCCUUUAUUCUAUUUUUGAAACAUCUACAAAUCACUUACCUUCAUAUAAGGUCUGUCUAUCUAUUUAUCUAUGUGUCUAUAUAUACAUAUGACUCAUGAUAUACAUAUAUUAUUCUCAUGUAUGUAUCCUAUGCUAUGCUACCUUUUGUCUUCUCUAUCCCCCUCGCCUUCUCUAUAUCUGUUUUUAUCUAUGUUUAUAUUAUCAGGCAAUUGUUCUUUGUUGAUUUUUACUCUGUCCUAAUUCUUCUGUUAUAUAUUUAUCACAUACUCACACACAUAAUUCUGGAAUGUCUUUAUUCUUUGUAUGUAUGUAUGUAUUCAUGUGUACUACUUAGUUUUAUUAUCACUUUCUCACAUCUAUCUAUCUAUAUCACCGUCUAUUAUCUGUUAUGUGUGUACAAUCUGUGUAUUACGUCAAAUGUGUAUUAUUACUGCUAUUAUUAUUUAGACACCUUUUUAAAAAAACACUUCUGCACAAUGUAUUUAUAUAAUUUAUAUAUAUACAUAUAAUCUAAAUUGGAGUCUUUUAAUUUUCCUUUCUUUUUCUAUCUAUCUUCGUAAUUAAUUAACAUAUAUACAUAUAUUAUACACAUACACGUAUAACAUAUAAAUUACUCUGUUGAUA